UCUCUUUUUUUUAAAAUCCGGAAAUGACACACCAGAUGAUUUACAGUGAAUUAGAUCUAGAUUCACUAGACAUCUAGACCUAGAUCUAGUCUCUUGACUGAAAUUUAUUACAGUAGUUAUUAGACCCAUACAUAUACACUAUUACUCGACUCAGAUUUCAGAUCUAGAGUCUAGAUCUAUAAGAGUAGAGUGAGCAGUGAGUGACUAAGACUCAAACUCAAGUGUCUCAUCAAGUGCGUGGAGUCGGUGGACGUAGUUCUAUAUUUUUGGACUUGAUUUGGAAUUUGAACAAGUAUUGUUAUUGAGUAUUGGCAUUAAAAUUCAACUACCUCAACAUGCCAGUCUUCCAUACGAAGACGAUUGAAAGUAUUUUGGAACCUGUGGCACAACAGGUUUCUAGGCUUGUUAUAUUGCAUGAAGAAGCUGAAGAUGGAAAUGCUAUGCCAGAUUUGGCUCAUCCUGUUAGGGUGGUCAAGCUAGCUGUGGAUAACCUAGUCAAGGUAGGAUAUGAUACAAUCAACAGUAGUGAAGAUCAAAUUCUUAAGCAAGACAUGCCUCCCGCCCUCAGGAGAGUAGAAGAUUCUUCUCUUUAUCUUUUGGAUGCAUCAGAUAUGCUUAGGUCAGAUCCUUAUUCUGGACCUGCCAGGAAAAAAUUGAUUGAAGGAUCCAGAGGAAUACUCCAAGGAACCUCUGCUUUACUGCUGGCUUUUGAUGAGUCUGAAGUUCGUAAAAUUAUCAGAGUAUGUAAGAGUGUUUUGGAAUAUUUAGCCAUUACAGAAGUUGUGGACAGGAUGGAAGAUCUUGUUACUUUUGUGAAGAAUUUAAGCCCAGUGCUGACUAAAAUGACAAAAGAAGUAGAUAAUCGUGAAAAAGAGCUAACCCAUCAAGUUCAUCGAGAAAUGUUGAUCCGAUCAUUGGAUCAAGUUAAACAGUUAACUCCUGUUCUUAUUAGUGGAAUCAAAAUAUUUAUCACAGCAAGUCAAUCAGGUCAAGGAAUAAAAGAAGCACAAAAUAAUCGUGAUUACACUGUUAGGAAGAUGUCUGAUGAAAUACAUGAAAUCAUUCGAGUCUUGCAGUUGACCACUUAUGAUGAGGAUGAAUGGGAUGCAGAUGACCUCACUGUCAUGAAAAAAGCUCAGAAUGCUAUUGAGGGUAAAAUGAAAAAUGCCAAUGAUUGGCUACUUGAUCCUGCAGCACUUGUUGGAAGUUUAGGUGAUAAAUCAUUGCGACAAAUUAUUGAUGAUUCUAGAAGAAUAGCUGAAAGAUGUACUAAUAUGUGUGAUAGAGAUGCCAUCUUAAGAAGUGCCAGUGAUGUUGAAAGCAUGGUUAAUGCAUUAUCUGAGCUGAGACAGCAAGGAAAGGGCAGUAGUCCUCAGGCUAUGGCUUUAGCUCGAGGUAUUCAGGAAAAAUUAAAAGAGCUUCAACAACAAACAGCUAUAGGUAUCAUGAAUACUGAACGAAGUGGCAUUCGUAAGCCUGCUCCAACAGUGGAAGGAAAAGUGGAACAAGCCAAGCAAUGGCUUGUAAAUCCAGGUCUCGACGAUAAAGGUCUAGGUGAAGCAGCUACCCGCCUGAUAGUUAAUGAAGGGCGCAAAGUAGCAAAUUGUUGCACUGGUCCACAAAGGCAAGAGUUGCUUAGAUUAUGUGAUGAAGUUGAGAUUCUAACCAAUCAACUUUCAGACAUGUGCAAGAGAGGUCAAGGAAAUGGUCCACAGGCUAAAGCAAUUGCUCGUAAUCUGUCUGAGAAAUUAGCUUCUCUCAAAACCAAGAUCCAGGAUGCUCUGGUUAAUCAGGUUGCUGAAGAUUUUAUUGAUACUACAACUCCUUUAAAACAACUGAGUGAAGCAGCUUCUGUACCUUUGGGAACUCUGGGACGAGAAGAAAAUUUUGAAGCUAAAGUUCGCAACUUUCUAGAUCAUGCCAAUCGGCUUGCAGACACUGCUAAUUCAGUUGCUACUGCAGGUGGUUGUAGAAACAAACAGACAGUUGAAGCAAUUUUUAAAAAUUCAAACCAGAUCAAAGAUUUGACACCUCAGGUCAUCAAUGCUGCUAGGGUCCUUUUUUCAAAUCCUAACAACCAAGCAGCUGUUGAACAUUUUGACUUGUUGAAGAAGCAGUGGUCAGAUAAUAUGGAUAGACUAAGAAAUCUUGUUGAUGAAGCUGUGGAUUCUGAAGCACUCAUCAGGGCUGAAGAGGAAGGAAUUCUAAGAGAUACUGAAAGGAUUGAAGAAGGCAUUCGGUUGAGAGAUUCUCCAAAAAUCGUGACUCAUGCUUCAAAUAUUGCUAGACGAGCUGACAGAGUUUUACAAGUCGCAGACAUGGAAGCACAAAACAGUGAAGAUCCAUCUUUUGUUGAGAGAGUGAAUCAUGCUUCAGAAAUUCUUGCAGCCACUAUUACACCUAAUGUUCAGACAGCUAAAGCAUUGGCAAUGAAUCCAGUAAAUAAAGCAGCUGAACAAGAUUGGAGAAUUAAUAACAGAGCACUCAUUGAAGCUGUUGGUGGAGUUAGAAAUGCAGUGACUGUUCAGCCCAAAUCAGUGUACUUUGAUGAAAGAUUCCCACCUCCUCCAGAUAUGUCUCAAUUACAAAUAUCAGCUUUGCAACAACCAGAGGAAAGUUUUAAUAUGCAGAGGGUGGAAGCUGUCUCACAACCACUUCGAUCAAUACCACCACCAGUUCCCCCACCUCCUAUGGAUCCCUAUGGAUAUUACUAUGGAGAUAGUGCUCCUCCUCGUCCACCAUUGCCUUAUGAUCAGGCUCCACCACGUCCUCCUCCUCCUGAAACGGAUGAUGAAGAUGAAGCUGCUUUUCCUAUUCCUCAGGCUAAUCAGCCAAUAAUGAUGGCUGCUCAUGCUCUUCACAUGGAAGCUAAGCAGUGGUCAAGUAAAGACAAUGAAAUUAUUGCUGCUGCUAAAAAAAUGGCUCUCUUAAUGGCGAAACUUAGCCAGCUUGUUAGAGGUGAAGGAGGCACUAAAAAAGAUCUAAUAGCUACUGCUAAGGCUAUUGCAGAAGCUUCGGAAGAAGUUACACGGCUGGCUAAGAAGUUGGCUGCUGAAUGUACUGAUAAAAAAAUGAGAAUGAAUCUGUUAAGUGUUUGUGAGCGUAUUCCUACUAUUGGUACACAAUUAAAAAUCUUAUCAACAGUGAAAGCUACAAUGUUGGGAGCUCAAGAGCCAAUUCCAGCACCUGAUGGAAGUGAAAUAGCCUGUGGCUCAGAAGAAGACCAAGAAGCUACUGAAAUGCUUGUUGGCAAUGCCCAAAAUUUGAUGCAAGCAGUGAAAGAAACUGUCCGUACAGCUGAAGCUGCAUCCAUCAAGAUUCGUGUAGAUUCUGGUUAUACUAUUAGAUGGGCAAGAAAAAGACCAUGGUACACUUAAUUUUUAUUUUAUUUUGGGAAACAAAAUAGUCAAAGCAGAUUUAUAGCUUAGGAAAACAGCUAAUAUAAUUUUCAAAAUAAAAGCUGAACAACUUCAAAAUAAAAAUAAAAUA